AUGUGUGGAAUCAUUGCGUUAAUUCAAGCGAACCCCUCAUCUUCGGCUGCCGUGGAUCUCCACGAAGCACUCUACCUUCUCCAACAUCGUGGUCAGGAUGCAGCCGGAAUUGCAACAUGUGCGUCCGGGGGUCGGUUCUACCAGCUGAAGGCCAACGGUAUGGCUGCCAAGGUAUUCCAUGAUGGUGCCAAGGUGACCAACCUGCCUGGCUUCAUGGGCAUUGGUCACCUGCGCUACCCGACCGCAGGAUCCAGUGCCAAUGCCGAAGCUCAGCCCUUCUAUGUCAACAGCCCCUAUGGUAUUUGCUUUGCACACAACGGUAACUUGAUCAAUGCCGGUGAACUUAAGAGGCAUUUGGAUCUCGAAGCUCACCGUCACAUCAAUACCGAUAGUGACAGUGAGCUCAUGCUCAACGUCUUCGCUGACGAGCUGAGUGAGACCAAGAAGGCUCGUGUCAACCAAGAGGACAUCUUCGCCAGCUUGACCCGCAUGUACCAGCGCUGCGAGGGUGGAUGGGCUUGCACUGCUAUGCUUGCUGGCUUCGGUAUCUUAGGUUUCCGUGACUCAUACGGUAUCCGUCCCCUGAUUCUGGGAUCCCGCCAGUCACUUGAUGGACCUGGUAUGGACUACAUGAUGUCCUCCGAGUCCGUGGCUCUGGACCAGCUUGGGUUUACCAACCUGCGUGACAUUCAGCCCGGUGAGGCUGUCAUGAUUGCCAAGGGCACUGAGCCGGUUUUCCGCCAGGUGGCGCCCAAGAAGAACUACGCUCCCGAUAUUUUCGAGUACGUCUACUUCGCCCGCCCCGACUCUGUCAUCGACGGAAUCAGCGUUUACCGUAGCCGGCAGCGCAUGGGUGACCGCCUCGGCGCUCGGAUUCUCGAAGUCCUCGGCCCUGAGGUCGUUAAGGACAUUGACGUUGUCAUUCCUAUUCCCGAGACUGCCACUACCUCCGCGACCAAUGUGGCAGAAAUCCUGAAGAAGCCUUUUUGCCAGGGCUUCGUCAAGAACCGAUAUGUCUUCCGCACAUUCAUCAUGCCGGAACAAAAGACACGGCAAAAGGGCGUUCGCCGCAAGCUCAAUGCCAUGAAGGCCGAGUUCAAGGACCGCAACGUCUUGCUGGUUGAUGACAGUAUUGUCCGUGGUACCACGAGUCGUGAGAUUGUCAGCAUGGCCCGAGAAGCCGGUGCCAAGAAGGUUUACCUUGCCAGUUGUGCUCCUGAGAUCACACAUGCUCAUAUUUACGGUAUCGACCUUGCCUCUCCCCAAGAGCUGGUCGCUCACAACCGGAAUGCGGAAGCCAUCGCCAAGCACAUUGGCGCAGAGGCAGUCGUCUUCCAAACUCUUCCCGACCUCAAGGAUGCCUGCGCGGAAGUUGCCCGUGAGAACGGACAGACUGAACCCAACAACUUUGAGGUUGGUGUGUUCUGCGGUAGCUACGUUACUCCUGUUUCCGCAGGCUACUUUGAGCACCUCGAGGCCGUUCGUGGCGAAGGCCGCAAGGUCAAGGCUCUCGACAAGGCCAAGGAAGCCGUUUCUCACGGCUUCGCCAACAUAACCGACUUCCAGAUCGCUGCCCACGGCGUCGCCAUGGACACCAACGGCAAGAUCAUCCCCGCCAACGAAGACCAGUCCUCUAUCACUGCUGCCGCUGCGCAGAAAGCUGGCAACACUGAAGACCACCCCAACCCCAUGGUCUCUGACCGCAUGGAUAUUAGCAUCCACAACAUGGCUGACCAUCAUGAUGCAUGA